CUCUGUGCACUCCUCAGUCCUCUCUGCACUCCUCAGUCCUCCCUCACUCCUCAGUCCGCGCGGAACAGCAGAUGUUCCGCAGCUUUGGGCUCUAGUGUGGAUUAUUCAGGAUGCUGCUAUGCAGACAGAGCGGAGCCACAGAAAAAAAGGGGGGGGAAAAAAACCUGCUGGUAGAGUUAAAGUAACACACAUGGCAGAUCACAUCCUCUCUGCUCAGCUCGUGUGUCGGGCGCGUGCGUGACUGUCUGCUGAUUGCCUCUUUUUCGCAACGGCACCAAAAAGCGAAAAGGUUCCAGCAUCGAAUCGUGAUCUUUCCUGACUCUGUUGUUGGAUACACUUCCAUGGAUUUGUUCGCCUGUUGACUGCCACCGAACCGGGUCUGCUUCAGUCUGUUUUGGCAAAAAUGAAGAAACCUCCAGUCCUCAACAACUCCUGUUACGUCUCCACCGACAAAGAACCGGUUCUGAUGUCUGUGUCCGGCGCCAACAAGAAGUUCAAGAGGAAGUCCAGAGAGCCCAAAAGACUCUUCCCGGGGCCCGAGGCUGAGCGGAUGAAGGCCUUCCCCGCGGACCUGCUGGACGUGGACUCGGUGGAUGACGCCCACAUGGGGGUGCACAACGUCAGCAAGCUGGCCCCGCUUCAGCGGACGCUCAUGAGGACGCAGGAGAUGAUGGCCGGUAGCUCGGGGACUCUGUCCGGAGCGCCGGAGGGCGGCAUGUCCCCGGGUCAGAGCGGAGCCAUAGACAUGAGGAUUGGCAUCAACGUGCCCGCCAUGGCCUCCAGAAUGUGCCCGUCGCCCGCCUCUCCGUUGUCAACCCAGGAGAUCUCCCACUGGCCCACCUCUAUCUCGCAGCCUCUGUCCAACAGACUCAAGCUGGGCCUCCAUUCCUUCCCUCUGUCCUCCGCCAGCGGCAGCCAUUCUCCCGGCUACCAGGACUAUCCUCUGGAGCCCUCCAUGCCUGGACACUCGGCAGACCUGUCGGUCCCCAGAGCUUCCCAGUCCUCCCAGUGUAUGGAACACAUGGACAUCCAUGUGCCUUCACCUAAGGAGUCUCCCAAAAAGCGCGUCGGCUCCGGUUCUGACUCACGAGGACGUAUUCCAGAAGUCAAAGCCAUCCAGCAGACCCGGAGGCUUCUGGCCAAUGCCAGGGAGAGGACCCGAGUCCACACCAUCAGUGCUGCGUUUGAGGCUCUGAGGAAGCAGGUGCCAUGUUACUCGUAUGGGCAGAAGCUCUCCAAGCUGGCUAUAUUACGCAUCGCCUGCAACUACAUUCUGUCCCUGGCUCAACUGGCCGAACUGGACUACAGUCCAGACCACAGCAGUGUGAGCUUCUCUCAGUGUGUGGAGCAGUGUACCAGGACCCUGCAGGCUGAGGGCAGGAGCAAAAAGAGGAAGGAGUGAAGGGCGCCACGCUGUGAGCAGCGAAGUGGACACCCAGAGGGUGCGUGAGGAGAUGAGGAGCUCAGGACUGGACGGACGGAACAGCAUCUGAAUUGGUCACAUUAGAGAAUCCAAAAUGGCAGCAAGCUAAGAAAAUAAGUGUUGGGACUGUGUCACUUUGGGCAGAGUGAUCCAAAGCUAUCUGCGCACACGGCUCUCUUUAAUAAUGGAACUAUGAGCACACCUCAGACCACACUUCCUCCCUUUAACCCUCAUCUAAUUAGCCGUUAGCGUAUUACUCCCAACUCGGUAGAAAUUCUGAGCGACGCAGUGAAGGAAAAAGUUCUCGGUUCUUUUGUCGGGAACACAACGGCGGCGUGGAAGAGAACAGGGUGGACUACAGGAUUAGAACUACAGGUGGAAGGCCUGGGGUAAUGCUUCAUGUGCAAGUAGAAGAGACCACACCAUCUCGAAAUAUGUGUUUCUGUAAAAAGAUCUUCUACAGUUACUGCACGAGGCACAAAAACAAGAAUAAAUUGUGACAUUUACUAAGACGAAAGGUAUUAAAAACAAAUAUCUGUAAGAGAGGUCCUUUUUGAUUUCGUAUUAUUGGAGCUAGAAGGGCUCCUCUCCCGGUCUGCCCUCAUGUCGGCCGGACAGUUCGCUGCGAGAUUUGAGGCUUCUGGCUUUGAGGAGAAAAGGUCUUAAUCGGGAUUUUUAAAGGAUUUUCAGUCAGCGUCAGUCAUCCAAACCAUGACCGGGAGGACACUGGAGGACUUCAGGAGGAAAGGCACGGAGGGAGCGGUGUGGUGGUAUGGGGGGGUUCACGGCUCAGCUGGUAGGCUGAUCAUCCUCGGCCGGAAAAAAAUGGACUGUUCCACAGCCACUCUGAGCAAGGGCACUGAUGGGAACUCUCUUGUGAAGUAAGAAAUGGCUGUAGUGCUGGGCAGCACUCUAGGAGUGAGUCUUUACUUUUUACUUAGUGUUCUUUUUAACGGAAUAGGAGAUUUGUGGGUUCCUUUUUUUAUUUCUCAAGUCGUUUAAAUCGCGCGCCCACAGCAAUAACCUCCAGCUGUGCAGACGACUCUGCGGAUCUAUGCGAGGAUGUCCUAACCUCUAACUGUAGAGACUUUUGAGUUUGUUUUCUCACACGAAUGGAACAUCUUCGGGAAGCGGUGAGCUCCACGAAGAUUCAAACGAACUGCUGAUAUUCAGUCCAAACAGUUUUCAGUAUUACGCAGUGAUUUUUAUAGCCGUUUAAGCCUGUCGGUAGGAAGUAUGUUUCUAAGAAAGGUGAUUCAUUACAAAUAAAAGCAUCUGAAAAAUGACUCCUUGUGCUGGGGAUGU